AUGUUUCAGAAAGAUAUCCUGAAAUUGGUAUCAACUGGCAAACGCUAUGAGAAUGGCGACGAUGAAGCGGACGCUGAAGACACGAAAGGGUUAGAGAUUGAACGUGUUGUCGCCAAAUUGGGUGAAUUGGUGCACUAUGUCGAUCUAGAGCGUCCUCCGAAGCCAAUUAUCGUCAAAGCAGCUCGUUCGGAAGUUUCUUCUGCAAAAUCGUCAAAUUUCAAGCGAUUCAAGAAGGCCAGUCAGGGACGUUUCAAUUCGUCCUUGUCGUCUGCCAACAUCUCGUGUGUCAUCGGUGGUAGCGAAGAUCUCGUAGAUUUCCGGCAACUUCCUCAAGUUGCGUAG